AUGAUGAGUAGUAGUUGCUACACUUUCGAGGGCGAAAGUCUUUUUGUCGAGAGAGAAGAGAUCCAUGAGAUCUACAGAGAGAUUCAUGGUGAUCCCAUCUACGAUGUAUAUGAAGAUGAUGUUCUGGUUAUUGAUUUUAUCUUCAAAGCUGAUACUUUUAGGAAUAAGAUCUGUGCAAAAUCCAGGCGAAAUCAGAUCUGUCCGGAAGUCAUGCAGAAUCCGUCCUGUGCAAAAAUCGAGUUUAAUCAGUUUCGUGCAGGUUUCGUGGAGGAUUCGAUCUGUGCGAAAUUCGGGCGAUUUCAGAUCUGUUCAGAAGGCGUGCGAAAUCCGGUUCGUGCAUAUUUAGGGUUUCAUCAGGUUUGUGCAAAAUCCGGUUUUUACCAGAAAAAUGGAUUUGAAGACUUGUAUGGUGAAAACCCUAUUGAAGAUUCGAGGACGAAUCUUUCUUGGUCGCGGGGACCUGAUGCAGCACAGAUACAAGAUUCGAGGACGAAUCUUUCUUGGCCGGCGAGACCUGAUGCAUCAUCGAUACCUUAUUCUACGGAAUAUCCGCUUCGUUUCGGUGUUUUCCUCAUGACUUUAACCACAAACACUUGGAUUUGGAAUGCCUUGCACAAUGAAGCUUCCAACUCGACUCUCAUCCAGAGUGUGCUGCAGCCAAAUGCUCUGGAUACAGAACAAUGUUUUUGCUAUAGAGAUGAUGUUAUUGACAUUUCUGCCUGUGUUAAUAAUAUCAUUCGUUCGACAAGCUUGAACUCUUCUCAACAAGAAGCAAUCUUGGGUUGCCUUAAGACAAGGAGCUGCAAUCACAAGAACAGUGUGAAACUGAUAUGGGGACCUCCUGGAACUGGCAAGACCAAGAUAGUUGCGACGCUUCUCUCUGCCCUUCUCAAGCUAAAGUGCAAAACUGUGGUGUGUGCUCCUACAAAUACAGCGAUUGUAGAAGUUGCUUCGAGGCUCUUGUCCUUAUUUAAAAAAAAUUCUUCAUCAGAAAAUGCUACUUACAGGCUGGGAGGUAUAGUUCUAUCUGGAAACCGAGACCGAAUGGGGAUUACCAAGAAUGAUCAUGUUCUUCUCGAUGUGUUUCUUGAUCAUCGCAUAGGUAAACUUGAAAACCUGUUCUCACCAUUUUCUGGAUGGUCCCAGAGAUUAGAGUCGCUCAUAGAUUUUCUUGAGAACACCGAGGCUAAGUACAAUGACUACGUAGAUCGAAUGGAGGAGAAAGAGGAAAGAUAUGUAAACAUUCUUACAUUUGGAGGUUUUGUAAGGAAAUGUUUCAAAGGCUUAAGUGAAGAAGUGGAGAUAGAUAUGGUUAAUUUGUACACACAUCUUCCCAAGUCUUUCAUUUCAUCUGAAGAUGUGAAUAAAAUGAUCGCAGCCCGUCAAGCUCUUGAGCAUGUCAGAUAUUUCUUGCAGGAGAAUGCUUCUCGAUACGAUUUCAAGAAAGGUAGUUUCAAAUUGGAUUGCUUCAACAGAAUAAUCAGUCUUGACUGCCUUGCGGCUCUGCGUUUGCUUCAAAAAAUUGUUGAGAUACCAGACUUGCUUGAACAUGAAGACAGAAGGAAGUUUUGUCUACAGAACGCGCAUAUAAUCUUCUGCACAGCCUUCGGAGCUACGGAGAUGAAUGCGGGAAGAACAGGAGAUAUAAAACUUGUUGUAAUCGACGAGGCGGCUCAGCUUAAAGAAUGUGAAUCAGUUGCUACAUUGCAGCUUCCUGGUUUGCGACAUGCUGUUCUUAUAGGAGAUGAGUAUCAGUUACCUGCAAUGGUUCAUAACGAAGAAUCAGAGAAGGCGAAAUUCGGAAGAAGCUUGUUUGAAAGAUUGGUUCUGCUUGGUCAUAACAAACACUUGAUUGAUGUUCAGUACCGAAUGCAUCUUUCGAUUAGUCGGUUUCCGAACAUGGAGUUCUAUGGUGGAAGAAUUAGAGAUGUUGUGAAUGUUCAAGAAAGCGUAUAUCAAAAGCGAUUUCUUCAAGGCAACAUGUAUGGUUCCUUCUCGUUCAUUAAUGUUGGUCGAGGGAAAGAAGAUUUUGGUGAUGGACAUAGUCCCAAGAACAUGGUUGAAGUUGCUGUGAUUUCUGAAAUCAUAUCCAAUCUUUUCAAAGUUUCAAGCGAGACGAGGAUGAAGAUGAGUGUUGGAGUGGUUUCACCUUACAAAGGUCAAGUGAGAGCAAUCCAAGAGAGAGUGGGAGAUAAGUACAGUCGCUUAUCAAAUGAGCUUUUUACUCUGAAUGUUCGAUCAGUUGAUGGGUUCCAAGGAGGUGGCACUGACUCGAGCAAGGCACUGUUUAUGGGUGAUUGGAAACGAGACGACUUUGGCUUUGAGUGGUUCCAUUUGGGCGAGACUGAUAAGUGA